AUGUGCUGUUGCAUUCCCUGCUGGCCUUUCGCCGACGUCGAUUUCGAGCGCGAGCCGGUUAACCGGUACGGCGACAAGUAUCACUACGUGUUCAACGAGAGCACGAGGGCCUGGGAGCUGCGCGAAGUGACCUCGGGGAACAGCAGCAGUUUGGGUACAUUAAGAGGUAAGGACCCUCAGGUUGAAACUAUGGGCCACGAGAACAUCGAAAGCAGCGGAAGACGUGUUUGA